AUGCUUGCACGACGUCGAAUAUUGCAAUUAUUAUUAUUGAAUUCUCAAAAAUUAUGUGAAUGUCGAGUUAUAUGUGCCCCUUUAUCGACGAGAGCACUGAAAGUAGUUGUAAAUGGUGAGUUUUGA